UCCUUGCCGCACGUGGAGUAUACCUCCACUUCCACUCAUGUAUUCAACACUCCUGACUCAGUGCGAAAAGGUUCCCCCCCCGUUCCCCACUGUAAGCUUCAGUGCCCUAUUUCCCUCUCACAUACACACCGGAGAAGCGGCUUCCGAAUGCUGGACAUUAUGAUUAUGCCAUCCUUUCUUGGUGCUGUUUCCUUGCCCAUAUGAUUUUGUUGUUUUGUGGAGCACAUGGUAGGUGAUUGGUGGUUCCUAUCUACUCUUGGCGAGAGACUGAAGCAUUGGUUUUGAUAUUAUCACCCCCCAACUUUUGUUUCUUCCUGAGGUUCACAGUCUGCGACAUAAAAUAUUUAAAAUGAACAAGAAGGAAACAAAAAUGAGGGUUGCAAGUGCCUUUCAUGCUAUGAAGGCUAUUGGGAUCUCUGAAGCUAAGGUGAAGCCAGUAUUGAAGAGUUUGCUGAUACUGUAUGAUAAAAACUGGGCGCUUAUAGAAGAGGAAAAUUAUAGAGCCCUUGCUGAUGCUAUAUUUGAGAGGGAUGAAUUAGAAGCAGAAGACCUUUCAAUGAAGAGUGUGAGUAAUGAAGCAGCAGAGCAGUCAAAAAAGAAGAUUGUGAAUAGUCAAACAGAUGACCAUCCGGAAGAAGAAGCCCAGGCAACUGAAGAGGCUGAGCGGCCUUUAAAAAGGUUACGCCUUAGAUACAGAAAUGGUCAGACUUCCUCGUCAAUUACACCUGAUACCAGUGUGCCUAGAACUCCACUUAUCAGGCCUAAAGAAGAACCAGGUGAACUACGUGAAACCCGUCUCCCAGAGGUAAAUGGGUCACAGGCCAUAGUGGAGUCACCUCAGCCCAAUGUGGAAAACAUAAAGAGUAAGCCACAGUCUGUCACUCGCCAAUCGAUUGGUAAGAAUAAAGGAAAGCAGCCUGUUUCACCUGAGUCAUUGAUUGUCCAUGAAAGAAGUGAUCCCCGCCAGCCUAGUAGCAUCAGCAGAAGUCAGGAAAAUACCCAGUUAAUAAUUGAAUCCAGAUCGCAUUCUCAUCCAAUGAGGCUCAGAGACAGAGGGACCAGAGCAGUCUCCCCUCAAAUUCCAUCCAGAGAGAAGAGGCCAGUUCCUGAUAGUUCUUCCAAUGCUUUACGUCUUAAGGAGCCUAAGGUUGAGCCUGGUGUCAUUUUGUCACCAAAAAGAAGGAGCAAUGCAAGUCAGGCGUUAUUAAAGCCUAAAGAUGAACCAGUCACUGAGGACAUGGCAUGUUUGGAGGUUUCUGGUGUUAUCACUCAUCCAGAUGUAUCAAAUGGAGGAGACGCGUUGAGUGGGCAUGGUAUGCUUACAGAAAAUUAUAAUCCUGAACCCCCAUCGGCAUUGCAAUCUGUGACUGAAAAAGAAACACCUCAUGGCACUGCUACACUAAAUAAACCAAGAAAUAAUGGUGAGCUGGCAGUGAUAUCAGUUGAAUGCUCUUCCAACCUAGAGAUUGCUUCCUCGCCUUCUGGGGAGGUGAAAAUCUCUUUGAGUUACAACUUGGGUCCUGGAAGGCCUGAUUUCCGUACGCCUAGUCUUGAGGCUGUUCUAAAAUCGGUUGAGGAUAAAUUUCUCAGAUCACCUAAAACUUUGGACCUGAAUGUUUCAGUGAUGACACUUAUGACAGAAAUGUGCCAAUGCUUUCUGAAGUUAGGAACCGGUUCCAAUAGUCAGUUGACAGAAACCAUGGAUGUGAUUCCAACCAUUGAUUCAGUGAGUAAAUCUUCUGCAGCAGAUACCCUAGGUGCUGCUGGCUUGCACUUUAGUUCUUUGAACGGUUUGGUUGACUCACAGUCAGGUGCUGAGGUACCUCAGCCCAAAACACCAGUAAUUCCUCCACCUAGCGACGGUGUAAAUGAUGGGCCACAUCUGAACAAGAUAGAUGGUGGAAAUGAAAUAUUGACAAAUAGAGAAAGCAAAGAGAAUUAUGCUGAAGAAGGGAACGGACUGAGCUUGGAGGUUGUUCAUCAGCCCCAGGUGGCUCCUGAAAUUAUCAGGACGCUCCAUGAUGUUGUUGACAUUGCCAAGGGGCAAGAAAAAGUUGUAAUUACACUGGUGAAUGAAGUGAAUGAUGAGCGUCCUCCAUCUUUCUACUACAUACCAAAAAAUGUAGCAUUCCAAAAUGCAUAUGUGAAUUUCUCUCUGGCUCGUAUUGGAGAUAACAAUUGCUGUGCCAAUUGUUCUGGUGAUUGCCUAUUGUUAUCCACGCCUUGUGCAUGUGCGAAUGAAACUGGAGGUGAGUUUGCAUACACCACAGAUGGCCUUGUUAGGGAGGAACUUCUUAAAGAGUGUAUUUCCAUGAAUCGUGAUCCAAAGAAACAUUGUCAGUUUUUCUGUAAGGAAUGUCCUUUGGAAAGAUCAAAAUGCGAGGAUAUCAUUGAACCUUGCAAAGGGCAUUUAGUAAGGAAGUUCAUAAAAGAAUGUUGGUGGAAAUGUGGCUGUAAUAAACAGUGUGGCAAUCGAGUGGUACAGAGAGGAAUAAGUCGCAAUUUACAGGUCUAUAUGACUCCUGAAGGAAAAGGUUGGGGUUUACGUACUCUGGAGGACCUCCCAAAAGGUGCGUUUGUUUGUGAGUAUGUUGGAGAAGUUUUAACCAACGCGGAGCUAUUUGAACGUGUAUUGCGGAGUCCUAAGGGGGAGAAACAUUCAUAUCCUGUGCUGCUUGAUGCCGAUUGGUGUGCGGAAGGAGUGCUGAAAGAUGAGGAAGCUCUUUGUUUAGAUGCUACAUAUUAUGGGAAUGUAGCAAGGUUUAUUAAUCACAGGUGCUAUGACUCAAACUUAGUAGAGAUACCAGUGGAAGUCGAGACUCCUGAUCACCACUAUUAUCAUCUCGCCUUCUUCACUACAAGAAAAGUGAAAGCCAUGGAAGAACUCACUUGGGAUUAUGGCAUCGACUUUGAUGACCAUGAACACCCGAUUAAGGCGUUUCGUUGUCAAUGUGGCAGCAAAUACUGCCGCAACAUAAAGCGUUCCAGAUCUAGAGCUAGGAGAUGAGCAUGCUGCUGCUGAUUUUCUCUAUUUUCCCCUGUCGGCAAAUGCAAAUCAGCGAACAAUGACAUAAGCGGCGGUGUAGCUUUUAAGGACAAGCUCUAAUAUUUUCCAGUUUGGUCAGGCCAAAGUAGUCAUCGUUCAGGCUUUUAAUUGUACUUUCGUGUUGUAUGUUGUGUAUUAUAUGAGCCAUGGAUGGCAAACAAUGUUUAGAGAACUGAUAAC